AUGUCGUUUAAGAAACAUGACACUUAUGUCUAUCAAUUAUCUCAACCGGUAUUAGAUUCCUUGGAAUUAUUAUAUUUCGAUGAUAAAUUAAAUGUAUGCCAACCUUCAUCACCUACAGAACUACCAAUAACAACAUCACCAUCGUUCUCUAAAGUGAGCGAAACUAUUAAAAAUGGAGCUAGCACUACUAAUCUUCAUUGUAAUACUUGCAAUGUUGAUCUUGUGGAUAUUACUCAACAGAGAGCUCAUUAUCAAAAUGAAUUACAUACUGUGAAUUUAAAGAGAAAGUUUCAUGGUUUAUCGCCUGUAUCUGACCUUCAAAAAUUAAAUGAAGAAUCUAAGAAGACAAAGGAGUCCAAUACUACUACGACAAAUCACGAUGAAAAUGAUAAUCAAACAGCGACUAUUCUCGAAGAAAAUGAAAAUAGUACAGGCUCAGAAGAUGAAUCAGAUGAAGAUAAUGAAUCAGAUGAGGAUGACAUAUAUAAGGAAAAUUCUCCUUCAUUAGACUCUCAAUUCAAUUCAUUAACACCAUUCGAAGAAAAUGAAAAGACGGAAAGUCAUUUAAUGAAUCAAACACCUUAUGUUCUAUUUCAAUCAAAAAUGAUAGAGAAAAAACGUUCAGUGUUUGGUGCUUAUAAAGUCUUAUUCAAUAACGACCAGUUACAAAAUCCACGAGAGACCUUAAAUCAAUGGAGUCAAAAUAUAGAAUCCACAUCAAAUAAAUUUUCAGCAAUUUUUAUGAUUGGUGGAGGUCAUUUUGCAGGUGCAAUCAUUUCACAUCAAAGAUUAAAUAUUUCAGGAAACUUAAGAAAACAGAAUAUCUCACAACAAGAACAAGCUACUUUAUUUUUAGAACACAAAACUUUCCAUAGAUACACUACAAGGAGAAAACAAGGUGGAUCUCAAUCUGCAAUGGAUAACGCUAAGGGUAAAGCAAAUUCUGCAGGGUCUACUAUUCGUAGAUACAAUGAAGCCGCUUUGAAAAUUGAUGUUCAAACUUUAUUAAAAGAUUGGAAACCAUAUUUAGAUGAUUGUGAAAAUAUUUUCAUUAGAGCUAGAAGUGCAUCUGAUCGUAGAAUAUUUUUCGAAGAAGAUUUCUUGCAAAAGAAUGACAUAAGGAUUAGAAACUUACCUUUCACUACAGGGAGACCAACAGUAGGUGAGUUGAAAAGAUCAUGGUGUGAAUUAUCAUAUCUAAAGAUAACUGAUUUACCUAAUCCAAUUGUCGUAAAGGAAAAUACAACAGCUAAAGAGUCCAAGAAGAAAUCAAGAUCUUCAAGUUUGGAGGUAUCACUUACCACUGAGGAAAAACAAACUGAUGAGAUUGUUCAAUUAUUGAAAAAGGGAAGAGCUCCUCUAUUAAUAUCAUACCUUAGAAAAAAUAAAAUAGAUAAAGAUUUCUUGCUGGUACCAAAAACAAAAUAUGCCACCACCCCGACAAUGUUACACUACUGUUCUCAGAAUGGUUUAAAACAGAUGAUUUUAAUAUUGUUAACUAAUUUAAAAUGCUCCCCAACAAUCCAAAACAAUAAUGGUAGGACAGCGUGGGAUCUAACAAAAUCAGAGAUUGUUAAACAAUCAUUCCAAAUUGCAAGACAUAAUAUGGGUGAAAACUUUACUUCUUGGGAGGAUGCACAUGUUGAUAAACCACUAAGUCGUGAAGAAGUUGAAUUGAUCAAUAAGAAAUUAGAAGAUGAAGAGAAAUCUGAAGUAGAUAAUAUUGUGAAGAGAGAAUUGCAGAAUGUAAAAGAAAGACAAAAAGAAGAUUACGAGAAAAAGAAUGGUAAAGGUCAUGCUCUAAAUGCACCAACUUCUAUACCUAGCAUAUCCAUGGAACAAAAUCUAAACUCUUUAACAAGCGAUCAGAAACGCAGACUGAUGAGAGAACAACGUGCUAGAGCGGCAGAAGCCAGAAUGCAACAGACUAAAUAG